AUGUCUCUCAAAUCUAACGAUGAGAGCGAUGAGAUUACCGCUCAACAGACAAUCCAAGGCUGGUUUAAAGAUAUCAGGAGUCAACUAGGCCGCAUCCCUGAGGAUCUCAGCGUGCUGAACGGCCUCGUAGGGGCUGCUUUGACCGAUGGGACGGUCGAUGACCGAAAAUAUUUACUCGAAAAGAUUAUCCAGCUCGCCUGCUCGUUGCCGCACGGAUCCCCGGGCGAGAAGAAACUGACAGGAGAAUUACUUGAUAUUCUCUGGACUAAUCUAAAGCAUCCGCCUCUUUCGUAUAUGGGUGCUGACUGGAAGUAUCGUACUGCCGAUGGAUCAAACAAUAACAUUCUAUACCCAGACUUGGGCAAGGCAGGAUCGGCAUAUGCCCGAAGCGUCGUGCCGCAGCAUGCUCCCCCAGCUGCCCUUCCCGAUCCAGCCUCCAUCUUUGAUGCUCUAUUCGCUCGGAAAGGACCUGCUCGUGAACACCCAGCCAAGUUCUCAAGUUUGGCAAUUGCGCUAGCGACGAUUAUCAUACAUGAUAUCUUCCGCACGGAUGAUGUCGACCCUAGCAAGCAUGCUUCCUCGGCUUAUUUGGACCUCGGCCCCCUUUACGGUCACAAUGCUGAGCAACAAAAGUCCAUCCGUACAUUUCAGGAUGGCAAGAUCAAGCCAGAUGCAUUCGCAGAGCCUCGACUUUUGGGACAGCCUCCAGGGGUUUGUGCUCUCAUCGUGUCCUUCAAUCGAUUCCACAACUAUGUAGUCCAGCAACUAGCGUUGAUAAACGAAGCUGGUAGGUUUAGUGUUCCGGUAACCGUUGACCCUCAGAAUAAAGCCGCGUAUGAGAAGGGCCUGGCAAAACGUGAUAACGAUCUUUUCCAAACGGGAAGGCUUGUUACUUGUGGACUCUACGUCAAUAUAAUUCUCCAAGAUUACGUGAGAGUCAUUCUCAAUCUCAACAGAUCAAAUACUCAGUGGAACCUUGAUCCUCGUGUCGACUCGGUCAAUAUUUUUGACCCCGCAGGCACGCCGAAGGGUAUUGGUAAUCAGGUCAGCAUUGAGUUCAACCUGAUAUAUCGAUGGCAUGCUACAGUCAGCGAUAAAAACGCGAAAUGGCUUGAAGGCUUCUUCGAUAAAGUAUUCCCAGACAUCGACCCGGAGACGAUAACGCAGGCGGAGUUCAUGAAUGGCUUAAGAGCUUGGGGCCAUGGUAUUGAUCCUGACCCAGGUAAAUGGACAUUCGGGGAGUUGAAGCGUACAGCUACUGGGGCCUUUGAUGACGGUAGUCUCGUCGAGCUAUUGACGGAGGAGACCGAGGAUGUCGCCGGCGCAUUCGGCGCCCGAAAUGCAAGUUAA